AUGAAUUCAACUCCUCACUUACUGCAAGAUCACAACUCCUUCUCUCGUACGAGUCUUCACCAAAUGACCUCUUCAGGCUCUUCCUCACCGACUCAACAAUUAGUCUCUGCCAAUCAUUCACUGUUCAAUCAAUGGAAUCAAGACCAUGACUCAUCUCAUACUGGACAAUCAUCCAAUACUCCUUCCGUAUUGAAUUCAGUGCAUGCAUCUUCUUCGACAUUAGGUUCGAACCACAGUUUUAUCUUUGUUGAAGAUUCCUUGUCCAUGUCCCAGAAUUCAAACUUGACGACGAGAAGAACCAAACAGAGAAAGACAAAGAAUUCUGCAUCUGCGACGACGACUCCCAAUAAAUCCACAGGACAUGUUCAAGUGACAGUAUUUCAUCAUCACCAUUACAUGUCUUCGAAAAAUUCAUCACGUUCAACCAACUCAUCGAAAAAGAAGAAUCCAAACAAGAUUGAAACGAGUGAUGAAGAAGAACAGAAAAAAGCCCUUUCCAAGCUAAAUCCUAGAGCAAAGAUUGAAAAGAAGUCUCAUUCGAAAAGUGGUCUUCAAUAUACAGUUGUGAAAGAAGAAGUUGUGAGUUGUAAGGAUGGAGGCGAGGUGAAUUAUGAGAUGGCCCUUGAAGAUGGAUUCAUUUGGUGGUCAUGGUAUUAA